UCAUCCAAUGAGGGUAGAGGGGAUGCGGCGAGCUGGGGUCGCUUGUUUGACACCGAGAAAGUUGUUGUGUCUCUAGAAGAAGCGUGCGAAGCGGAAAGCGAGCGGGAAGCGGGGCGAAGGGAGGCUGGUCGGGAGCAGCUGUCGGCGGGUCCGGGGCCCCGAUGAGUGCCGCACAUUGCGGCUGUGACGAGUUCGACUUCAAGCUCAUAUUCGGGGAGGAAGCGACGGAGCCUCAAGUGCCAACUGAUCUGGAACCGGAUGACUGUGCAUCCUUUUAUCUCUUCAAUGUAGACCAGCCUCCUUCUGCCAUAAACCAGGCCAUCUGCAUCCCGAGACAUGGGACCCAUCCCCAUUGCUCAAAUCGCUCCCCUUCAUCCCACUUCCAGAGCUUUAAAACCCAUGCUAAUGAUAAUGAGAUCCCAGAGCCCAAGUACAACCCUGCUGGGGGUACAAAGGCAUUUGAAUGUCCCAGCAUUCAGAUCACAUCCAUCUCUCCUAGCUGCCACCAAGAGAUUGGAACUUCAGAGGUCAACAACCAAAAGGAUGAUUACAUGGAAAGACCCUCGCGAGAACACCUCUACCUCCACCUUGAGCCAUCCUAUAGAGAGCCGUCUUUAAGUCCAAGCCCUGGAAGCAGUAUAUCCUCAAGGAGUUGGUUUUCAGAUGCCUCUUCCUGUGAGUCUGUUUCUCACACCUAUGAUGAUGUGGACUUUGAGCUAAAUGAAGCUGCAGCAAGAUUUACUCUGGGUUCGCCUUUGGCAUCUCCCAGUGGUUCGCCCAGAGGUUGCUCAGGGGAUGAAACAUGGCAGCAGUUUGGCUAUGGAGCGUCUCUCUCGCCUAGGCAAUCCCCUUGCCACUCUCCGAGGACUAGCAUUACAGAUGAGAACUGGCUUGGCCCACGGUCAAUCUCACGGCCAUCUUCUCGGCCCACUUCCCCUUGUGGCAAAAGACGACACUCCAGUGCAGACAUCUGCUACACGGAUUCUGGCUCCCCUCACCACUCACCAGCACCCUCUCCCAGCCACUCACCCAGAGGCAGCAUAACAGAAGAUACUUGGCUUAAUGCAUCACAACAUGCUGGGUCUGGUUCCCCUCCUUUCCAGUGCAGCCACGAAACAGAUAUACCCCUAAAAACACGGAAAACCUCUGACCAGACUGCCACUCUAUCAGCAAAGAUUGAUGUCUGUGCAGAAGGUCCUGGACGUUUAUCCCCAUCUGUAGAGACGUCCGCAGAUGACAAUCACUCCCCGCAGCAUCCACUCAAGAAAGAAUCGUCUACUGAUCAGUUCCUAUCAGUUCCUUCCCAUUUUACUUGGAACAAAUCAAAACCUGGACAUGUGCCUAUUUUUAGGACAUCAUCUUUGCCACCUUUGGACUGGCCGUUGCCUGCCCAUUAUGGACAGUGUGAACUGAAAGUAGAGGUGCAGCCAAAGACCCACCACCGAGCACACUAUGAGACGGAAGGCAGCCGUGGAGCUGUGAAAGCUGCUUCUGGCGGUCACCCAGUGGUGAAGCUGUUGGGCUAUGCAGAUAAGCCGGUGAACCUCCAGAUGUUUAUUGGGACAGCUGACGACCGCUACAUUAGGCCUCAUGCCUUUUACCAGGUACAUCGUAUUACUGGCAAAACGGUAGCUACCGCCAGUCAAGAGAUUGUCAUAACCAGCACCAAAGUCCUUGAGAUCCCACUUCUGCCUGAGAAUAAUAUGUGUGCCAGCAUUGACUGUGCUGGGAUACUGAAAUUGCGGAAUUCAGACAUCGAACUGAGGAAGGGGGAAACUGACAUCGGUAGGAAGAAUACCAGGGUGCGCUUGGUGUUCCGAGCGCACAUUCCACAAGCCAACGGGAAGGUCCUGUCUCUCCAGACGGCAUCAGUCCCUGUUGAAUGUUCUCAGCGAUCUGCCCAGGAACUACCCCAGGUGGAAAAUUAUAAUAUAAACAGCUGCCCAGUGACAGGGGGGCUGGAGAUGACAAUAGCAGGGUCUAAUUUCCACGCAGAAUCAAAAGUGCUUUUCUUUGAGAGAGGACAAGAUGGACGCUCGCAAUGGGAAGUUGAGGCUAAGAUUCUGGUGGAAAAGUGUCAAGAGGGGAUCAUAGUUCUUGAAAUUCCACCGUACUAUAACAAGUCACUUGAGACAGCCACCCAGGUACAGUUCAACCUGUGCAAUGGGAAGAGAAAACGCAGCCAGUCUCAACGUUUCACUUACUUACCAGUCAUACUGAAACGGGAAAAAAACGAAGAUGAUUUGCCUGCAAUGUCAUCAGUGUCUGGUGAGAAUAAUGUUUCGGCACUUCAGGCAAUGAGCACACAUCUGCCUUCGAUGAACCAGAUGAAUACCCAUGAUACUUUCUUGUCUUCACCAACAAGGGUUCUGACAUGCUCUACUCAGCAAGCCUACUCGUCCCUCUUGGGUAAUGGGGUUCCUCCUCUUUCACAUUUUCAAGGUAGGAACAUUAACUCACCCACAGAAUGCCAAUCUCCAGCAUCACACCAGCCUUAUCAUGUUACAUCAACAUCUGCUGCCAAGCUUUCCUACGCAUCCAUGAAUCCUAAUAUCAUGUACAAUGGACAGUCCAGUCUUCCUCUGAGUGCAACCUCUGACCAAGGGUACGAGAAGCUCAAUUUUCAGCAAAAUACUGGUGUUGCCCCUCUGGUCAACAUGGGUCACCCUUCCUUGCCAACAAUUCAGUACAAAGCAUCAAGUUCAAGCCCUGCAUGCGCGUUGCCCAACUCUAUUCAUCCAUUGGCUCACACAGUGCCUUCGUCCCCUCAUCUUCAGCAGGCACAGUAUCAUUGUUUAACCACUGGGCAAAGACCAAUAGGAUCAUCGUCACUAAGUAUGUCCAUGGGGCAACCUCCACUCCUUCAUCAGUCUUUCUCAUACCAACCUCCACAACCAUCAUCGGCCACCUCAGAGUCAUCUUCAGUAUCUCUUCCGUUGAGCCACUCGCCACUCUCUGACCCUUCUUCACCUCAGUUACAGUCUAUCACUUACUUGUCCCCUAGCUUAGGUCCAUCAUUUCAUUCACCAUCUCCUAGACCCAUCACUCACUCUGGACAAUCAUUCGAUCAUGUGCAUAGUCCUGAACUGGGUGGAAAAUCUCCAGCUCCACCCCAUGGGCACCAUACCAUUCAGAGCGCAUCUCCAUUCCCUACCGAUGACGCGUCUUUGAGUGUUAAAUCAGAACCAGAGGAACGUGAGUUGAACUUCCAGACAAUUGGCCUGCAGGACAUCACUUUGGAUGAUGUGAAUGAAAUCAUAGGGCGUGACAUGUCACACGGCGCGUCAAGGACAUCACCAGCCUUCCACGAUCCACUGGAGUCCACCAUACCUGAUACAGUCUAACAGGUUUACUAUGGCAUUUAAGAAAGCACUGGCUAAACCAAAAUCUAAUUGUUCC